CUAUGGGGAGAUCACACAUCUCAUCUUUUUCCUUAUCUUUUUAGACUAUCGUUUUUCCUAUCCUUUUCAAUUUCUAGUUGGUGGAACGAUGCGUCGGUCGUAAAAAGAUGGAUCGGUUUUGAAAAAGAUUAUAGAGAAUUCGUUUUAUUCUUGUUUCCUUCUUGUUUUUCCUACCAAAUAAUAACCAAAGUCGCGAGGUAUCAGGAGCAGCAAUGGCUUCGUGGAUAAGUCGCACUUGGAAAAAAGAGCUUCGUGAGCUCAGGCAUUGGCAACUUGGUAGUGUUCUGCGUACUCCCUCUUGCUUUUUAUAAGCAGGAGUGGGUAUUCAGUCGGCUGUACUGAUCAAGGCAGUCGGAUAUUGAUAUGCAUUUUUAGGCACGCAGAUUGUACGAAAUUGAAGCACUAGAUGACCAGAUCGCCGUGGUUGUAACGCAGGAGCGCCGACGCUGAGGGUAUCGCUUCUUCGUCGACUUGCUGCUCCACUGUCGGCCCUGGGAUAGGGCUGCUGCUGCACAGGGUCUUGCGGUCGUGAAAAGGAGCAAAAGCACGCUGGUGGAUGUGGUGUUGGUAAGAUUAUGGUCGGGAUUUUACUUAGUAAACAAGCCACUUGCAGGCGCAAGAAAGGGCUGAAGAUGUUAAGAUGAAACAGUAACAGCAAGAGGGAUGGCCGACGAGGGGCGUCAGUUUUCAUCUUAGCAUGAAUUUGGUCAUCUUCUAACACUGUCCUCCCCGUUGAGAAACCGCACCAGGAAGACCGAAGUAAUGGAGUACGACCUGGAUGCAAGUGCUGCUGCUCGCGCGGGAGAAGAAAGCGGCUAUGGUGUUGCUGAAAGUUGUGGCAAAAGUCUAAUCGUUAGAUACGUAGGCUUCCUUAACUCUAACGCCAUCUUUUACACUUGAAUAAUCGCCGUUCGAUUCAUCUUGAAAGCUAGACAAUUGGACUUUUCUUGUAGGGGAAAUAGUGAGCUGGUCUCUGUGCCGGUUCAUAGACAGUGCAACUCCAAGCUAGCAAACUCGUCUCUGACUGUUACUUGGAGAGGCCAUCGCUUCUAACGCUCGCUGCUCAAAUUGGAGAACUCGUGGCUGAACAUUUGA